CAACUACAGAGUACCGUUCAAACAGAUUGAGACCAAGAUAAGAAGAGCAGCCGGACAAGGUUAUUCCGUUAACGAGUGAAAGUUGAAGUUGGCCGCUCGCUCUGAGGUCGCUAGUGUCCGGCAAAAGUCCAGCUUAUACGUUCAUAAAUACGAACUGCGCAGCUGCUCACGUUUUAACAAAGUCCGCGAAGAGCGCGCGCGCCGCCAAUCCAGGGCGUCGCGAAGCCUUGGAGGCUUUUUCUAGGCCACAGUCGCUCAUUCACAAUUACGGAUUUGCUCGACAGGCAACAGGUGCAAACCUACUGACGUUACUCAGCUACCCCAGUAACUUUUACUAGGCAGUGUUAAAGUUCUUUUUUGACCAUCAACAACAGUAACAACACAAACAAUGAGUGUCGAUGACAUAUUGAGUUACAAACCCAACCCGGACGAGGAUCUCUACGCUCUUUUGGGAUGCGAUGAGUCUGCGACGAAUGCCAAGGAAACUCUCUGCGAUCCGGAGAAAAGGCUCAACUACGACAAAUGGCGACACAGUGGAAUUUCCAUCAGCUACAAACAGUGGCUGGGUAUGAAGGAACACGUUCAUCAAUCGAUGCACUGGACUACUCCCAAAACCAAAGACCGAAUGUUACCUGACGCAGCCGGUGGCUCACCUGGUCAUGUCAGGGGUCAACCAGCCAAUGCUCAUCGUCGAGCCUCGGAGGGUGGCGCAAACAUUCAUUACGGUGCACGCCGUGACGUCAAUUGGGAUUCCCAGCCACCAAGUGAGGUGGUAAACAAGUUUCGCAACUACGAAAUUUAAGAGACAUUAUUACAUUCCAACACCGUCGACUCGAAUUCUAGCAAAAAUCAACUUGAACAGAUUAAUUUUCCUCAGAACCACUUUGUCUAGUUUGUAGGUAAAUCAGAAAUGAAACAAGAUACUGAAAAAGAUACCCUAUGGAUUAGGAAUAUUCUUGCCAGAUUGUUCACGUGGAUAUGUGUCUAUGUAUACAUAGUAUAAAAAUACCCUUCAUCACUGUUACAACAUUAAACCGAUCUAGAAUCUAUCUACAAGCUGCGCGCUAUAUACGUCAGCCACGUUGGAUCUCUUCUUCAUCCUUCCGAGGCUUUUACUAAACCUCAUUGCUUAUCGAACGAUGAUGGGUAAUUUAUGUGCCAAUAUUUUAUUAGACUAGAGCGAAGUAAGCCAGGGGCAUUUCACGUCAAGUGAGCUACCUCCAGAUCCCGAUAUCCUCGAUUUUUCUUCCGUUUCAGGACAUGUAAAAGUUCCCUAAUUUAAAAGAAAAAAAAUUUCGCGUCCCAGUUCCGAGGUUCUCGAGAGUCAAAAUUCCAUAGUUUACGAAAUACGAGAAUUUUCUGUAGAUAUUAGCCCGGAAUUCAAGCAUUGUAUCGACAAGAGCAAAGUGAUUGAUGGAAUUGACUUGAAUCGAAGUUGCUGAAAAAAAUUAUUUCAAUUUUUCGAAAAUAUUUUGGUUGCCAAAAAUUAAUACGAAAGCAAAAUACCGAAAUUUUGUCAGUUACAUUAUUCUGAACCGUCUAAAAAAAAUUUUCUUCAACUUUAACGUAUUUUUUUUACACUCAACGCUUUUAACACUUAACACUCCAAGUGCAAAAAUUCGAUUGCCAUUUGCCAUGAAACAAUGUUGCAUUUUUUUUUUUUUUUGUUGUAGUCUUUUAAACUGUGUCAUGCUUUCAAAUUUUCAAAAAUUAUUUUUUCAGUUUUCACACAUUGUCUCGCCAGUGAUAACAUCUUUC